AUGACCGAGACCCUGCGGCAGCUUUGCCAAGAGCUUGGAAUGCGCCGGCGGCCGCCGAUGGAGAAGGCAGCCAAGGCAUCGGAGAUGGCCUCUUUCUUGAGCCUCACGAAUGGGCUCCUGACCGAGCCGAGCACGCCCCAGAUAGUGCUCCAUAUGCCACCAUCACGAACUCGAGUCUCCCGGGAUGGCCGCUGGCUGGGCAUUGUGAUUUACGCGCCCUUUUAUCAGCCCCAGACUUGGGCCCUGUCUUUGGACAUGCACCCUUGUCCCGACGCCCUCCUUGAGGCACUCUUGCAGCUAGGGGAUGAUCUCUUCGAUGAAGGCUUGGACACAGUCGUGCCAUUACGUCCACAGCGUUUCAACGACUACGCCUCGAUGCUGAUGUUUCCCAAAGUCUUGGGAGAUCUUCACCCCGAUAAACAUGUAGCUGCCGUGGUGGAUGCGUCCACUGUAGGAGGUCACCAUUUCCCAGCGGUACUUCCCCGAUCAGUUUCUGUGAGCUCGUUGUUGCACUACCUACGUCAGCAGCUGCGUGCGGAUGUGGAUUCCUUUUGGGUGUAUGUAGGACUUGAUCAGAGCCCCUACGACGAGACAGCUGUUCUCUGUAUCGAGGACGGCGACGUGCUGACCAUAGCCCGCCGAGGUGAAGGCCCCCCGCGAGCUUACGUCUUCACCGAUUUAUUUCGUGACGGUGUCCAAUUAGGACGACCCCACCAGACCCCAGGCGCUCCGAGCGCCCCACGCAACUUGUGCCUGCUCCAUGGCAGAGAGCGGUACUGCAUCCAUGCCAGUUUUCAUGACAACAGGACACCAUUGGAGGCCGCAGCUUUGUUUGUCGAUGCGGACCCUGCGGAGGUUACUGUCUGUGAGGCUGAAGGCUUCGGAGAUUUGGACAUGAUGGGGGAUUCCUGCCCGAAAUGCCUUGCCGUUGUCAAGCUUCCCCCCCGAGAUGGGACAGACCACCUUUCGACGGGCCGCGUCGAUACCUUCACCUUUUUGGACUUGCGGCCCUUGGGACUGCGUCCUCAAUGCCAUUACUCGCAUGCACACAGCGUGCACCUUCCCACACUUUUGGCGUUGUAUGAUGUCCGCCUUCCAUUAGGGACGGGUCUUCAGGUUCUAGGGGGCUUGAUUCAGGGUGAUUACAUAGAGGUGCCCAGCGUUGCCACACUUGUCUUGCGUGCCUUGCCCCUGCAGCCACGCGUGGACCCACACGGAAGCUACGCUGCAGCUCUCUUUGACCGCCGCAUGGGCCCCGAUACAGCUCCUGACUCCGACACUGAGACGGAAGGUCCCGAUCACAACUCUCACGGCCCUCGUCAGGCCAAUGCUCCUUCAACGGACAGGCGUAGCCGAUCGCCGGCUCGCCAGCCGCCUUCUGCUGAAGGGCCUCGUGCGACUGGAUGCCCUGACAAUCUCCAGGUGUCACAGGUCCAGGUACAGGUCCAGGCCAAAGGGCAUCACCUUCCCGCGCGCAUCCUUGACAUCGUCCAAGGUAUAGAGGUCGAGGCGGGUUUUCUUACUGGGCUCAUGGCCGAGCCCCUGCAGUGCAAACUCCGAGAAACCCCGGAUCUUACAGUCAGACAGGGGGAAGAGAUCCAGCUUACCCACGAGGCCCACCUACAGGUCAUCUACCAGCCCUUCGGGGAAGGCGUUCUCCCAGCAGACGCUCCCCCGGAGCUUACACCUGGCGAUGAGGACCAGGACAUGGGGGAGGAUACACGCCGACAGCACAUCCAUGCCAUGUUUCUGCUCCUCACCCCGCAAUAUGCAGUCGAUGUCGUGCUGGUCCACCUUCAUGUAGGUUGCUCGGUUCCCGAGGCGCUGGAGGAGCUCGAUGAUGUCCGUGUGGCGGAGCGCCGCGCAUGGUUCUCCCAUGUGGUGCCAGCACAGCCCCAGGUCACUCGAGAAUUUGCUGUGCUGCUUGCGUCCCCCUCCUGGGACCUCGAACGGGUCUAUGUGCUCAUAGACGCCCGGGCUAUUCAAGGUACCCUCUUUGCCGAGCGCCUCCCUGACCAAGUUGCUAAAGGUAUUCUCCUUGAGGUCGCCGGCCUCGGAGUUAAUACUGACGUUGAAGUUUACCUUCAUGAUGAGCUCGUCCCUUUGCAUGACGACCAAUUGGUGCGACUUUGGCAUGGUGUUACCUUCUUGCCAGCGGGACAACCAUUUGAACCGGGUACCUCUUUGGCCGUUAUGCUACAGACGCCGCAGGGCUGGGAUGCCAAUGCCCCUAUCCCUUGCCAAAAUUCACCAGCCUUCACUGUUCUGACAGAUGAGGGCAGGGCUCGUUAUCCCAUCGACUUCGAUCGACGGGCCCAGUUACGUACCGAUAUUGCUACAUACCUGGGGUAUGAGGCCCGCAGGCUCACUCUGAGACGUUCUCUUCCAAUUAUUGAGGACUACAGCGACCGUGGAUGGCACAGCCGUGCCGUCGUUGUUGCCACGCAGAGCAUACGCCGCCCUGUGCCCCGACCCCCACAGCAAUUCAUUGUCAUUUAUGACCUGCGCCCCCUGUUGGAAGGCUUGAGGUGGGUAGUCUUACAGCAAGACUUCAUUCCUAUUGCUGCCUUGUUCGCUGAGCUAAGACCCCUUUGUCCGGAGGGUCAUGCUUUAGGCGUUGCCGGAGGUCGUCCGGACCAGCACAAUGGGGAAAGCGUGCUACGCGUGGCAGACGGACAGACCAUCAUUUUUGAGGUUGCAGGCCUGCCAAGGCCUACCGUUUCUGCAGGCGACGAGUCGGACGAUGACAGUGACUCCGGAAGGAGUGAAGACACCUACGACGCCAUCCAUGGCCCGGGAGACCGAGAGGCACGCAGUAGGACCUCCGGAAGGCGCGCACCUUUCUCCAACAGCGCACACUUCAGGUUGGUAGAUGGCAGAUUUUUCUGUGACGUCGUCCCAGAACAAGUUACCCGGGGUUCGUUGCUAGAUGCCUUCUUCUCCCAGUCCGAGGGUCAGGAGGACGUUCAGGUUUUUGUCGGGGCGGGGCACUGCCUGACGCCCGGCCAAGACCCUAUUGCCCUCUACACUGGGGUUCGCAUCCGGUUCCAGCGAGCCGCCACACAGCAAGCAGCAGAUGCCCCCCACUUGCCCGAACAAACGCCAGCGGCACCUGCGGUGCCACUCUUCCAUGUUGGGACCAGUCUUUUAGUUUUGGGAGACGGCGCCAGCUGGGUAGUUCCUUGUGAGGAUCGUGCCGUCGAUCCCAAUGCGCUAGUUGACGCUCUCGGACUAGCACAUGAUCGAGUCACGUGCCGUCUUUUUCGCACACCCCUACAGGACCUCUGCUGGCAAGGUCAGGAUUGCCAACACAUCUGUGUUUGCAUUGACAAUUUCCUGCAUGGCCCACGCCUGGGGGAGGAGCAUGGAAUCGCUCUAUUAGACUGCAGAGCCAUACUCCGUGGCCUCUCAUGGGAUUUCCUGUCACACGGCUUUUGCGCAGUCGACAGAUGCCGGGAGAGAUAUGCCUACUGUACGCCCCCGGGAUGCCUGUUGGAAGUUCUGGGCGACCCCAGGCACCAUCUGGGCCAGCGAACUUGGAUUGCUCACCCAGAGGCAUUGUUUCAGCUCGUCUUUACCCAAGCCAUCGGGGAUGAUGCUGGUAGUGACGUUUCUGUUCCUGCGGCAGAGGGAUCCAUCGAUAGGACUGGGUCAGACUUGCACACUAGCACUGCCUCAGGUGUCACGCAGGAUGUAGGUGCUUGGGGCGUCCCCCGGAUUCAACGCUCACUUACCAGUCCGAGCCUCCGGUCCACCCAGGCCCGGACAGGCGCAGCUACAGGUUCAGGCUCAGGUGCUCCACCGGCGCUUCGUUGGUUGGCCAGGGCUACCCUCUUGUGCACCCUUCUGUGCCCUGGGGCCUCUGUCCAGCUCGGCUCUGAUCAAGCCGGUGCUUGGGCAGUGUCCGGCUUGCCGGCCCGAACCGAGGAUGUUUCUGCCUCACAAGUUGCAAGCCCGGAUGUUCAUCUUACAGAAGCUCAUAGAUUCAGCAGCCACGUCCCGACUGCCGUACAGGUCGGGCCGCGCACAGCGGCCUGCCCCAUUCCGGGUCGCACCUGUUUCCCGCCUGCCCAGGGUCCAGCACGUCCAAUUGAGGCAAGACGACCUCUUCCUACGCCAUGCCGCGCUGGAGGCUUUGGCGUCGAAUGGCUUUGCUCGGGACCCACUCUCUUGGAGCAGUGUGCCCGCAGCCCGUCUUUUCAAGGGUUCUUCCUGGCCUGGACCCUUCUAGAAGUUUUGGAGGAGGAACAGCAUUACAUCCCUGUCAGGGACGCAGACACGCGUCAUGUCAUUUCCCUGGACAGCUCCGUCCCGCUUACUUCCUUCCAAAUUUCGGUCCAAGAACUGCAGCACAUUGUUCCAGCUUUGCCCAGCGGAGGUGCUGUUGACUAUGACUCUUUGCACCAGGAUUGGCUGGAUGCAGACCUUCGCCCACUCCUCGCGGACCCCCUAGUGCCACCCCAGUGGCAGCAAACCUUUGCCCGUCUUCCUUCAUGGCACGCGCAGCCGCAAUGGGAUAGACUGAUUCGCAUUGAGAUUUUUACGGACGGGUCCGCGGAGUGGCGGGGUCCGUCCGGGAUUCAGGUUACCCCGGCAGCGUGGGCUUUUUCGGUUUGGGCCAGGACUGAUGAGCAGCUUUUCUUUUGGGGGGCCAGUGCACAUCAAGCAGUCCCACCGUACACCCCCUUCUGGUUGGGUGAGAUUGAGGACACCCCGCUUGUUGCCGAGGUUUUGGCCCUGGCCUGGGCACUUGUGUGGUCCAUCGAGGUGGGUUCCAGGUGCAAGGUACCUAUUCUCUUUGCCUAUGACUCCACCAGCGCUGGGGGGUGCCUUUUGCUCUGCCCGUUUACCGAAUUGCAAGCACACUGA